GCCGCCGCAGGCUCGGUCCGACCCGGGCAGAGACUUGUUGCGUUUGCAGCUAACGCCCGCUGCCCCCAGGCCCUCGAUGGCUUCCGGGCGGGCGCCCGAGACGCGGCGGGGGCGCGAUCCGGAGCCCGGGCUCUCGGGGUUGGGCUUGAUCUUACGAUCCUCCUGCUUCGGCCUCCCGGAGUGCUGGGAUUAUAAGGCAUUUGACAGUAAGCACAGUUUACUUUUAGUGGUGUAUAGCCAGGGGAGUGACGAUGUAAGAGACCAACAGUCCUGGGCUGUUUUUAUCUUGUUUGUUGUCACUCAUUUUCUGCGCGGCCGACAUUGAUUUGUCAGUGGACUGAAUAUAAUGCAAACCAUUUUCUUCUCAUAAAGGAAACAUUUUAAAAGUGUACUUUUUUCUACAAAGAUCUAAAAAAAUCCGUACUAGCCGGACCCUCAGAAUUGUAGUUUGUAGUUUUUGAACUCCUCCAAACUUAUGUAAGAGAUCUGUUAGAAAAACUCAUCUGUAUUUAUAAUAGCGACU